ACAAAUAUAUUCUUCUACAAAUUUAAAAUACUUAAGAAAAUAAAAAAGUGGAGGAUUUUAGGUGAUUACGAAAUUAUAUCAAAACAUAUCAAAAUGCAUGUCUAUUUAUAGAGAAUUUAAUUUUAUGACCGUUGGUAAUUUUUUUUUUUUUAAUAAAUAUAUUUUUCGGAAAAUCAGUUACAAAUAAUAUUACCGUUGUAAACGGCUAGUAUUUUCUCAUUGGUCAAUCCCCUGCGCACGACACGUGGCGAGCUCUGAUUCGCCAGCAACUCUGACGCGCCUCUGCCAUUUUUAUUUUUUAUUUUUUAUUUUCUAAGCGUCAAAACGACGCGUUUUGGAAGCGGCCCUUCAGACCACUCCAUCAAAACGCGUCGUUUUGAUAAGGGCCCAGCCAAAUUUUUUUAAUUGCGUCUGACAUGCUGUGGGGCCCACUUCCUUCACUGUAGCUACACGAAAAUGCUCACUCUUUGGGCAAAUUUCAUUUUGCCCAUGGGCUUUUUUUGGCUUGAUCAAAUUUUCUCACCUUCUACAAUGGUGAGCAUUUUAUUUUCCCAUCAAAUUUGCCCAUGAGCAAAUAAAAUGCUCACCAUUGGCAUUGCUCUUAGCAGAUACGGAGUAACUAAACAUAGGGGAUAACCGUAUAAGCAUGUUGUGUUAGAAAUCUUAGGAUACCGUUCAACUGAAUCAUCUGUACAAACAGGAACCCCUACUCUACAUGGUCAUCGUUUCAUGUCAAAAAUUCAAAAUUAUGUUAGCAAAGAUAUGAUGAAAUAUACUUUCUCCAUUUUCUUUUAAUAUAACACACUUUUUUAACAUGUAAAUUGAGAAAGAGAUUUUGCAAUAUAAGCAGACAAAUUAAUUUUCUAAUUUGUUUCUUCAAAAAAAAAAAAAAAUAUAAUUUUGAUCAAACUUACAAAUUUAUAAUGAUCCGAAAUAUAGUUAUUUGGAUCAUUAUAAAUUUUCAAAUAACUAGUUAAUUAUCGUUAUUCGUUAACUGAGUUUGUUACAUCAGAGUUUGCCACCACAGACGUUUCUAAAUUAAUUAGCGUUAAGUACAAAAUUUGCAAAUUUUCUCUCUCUCUUUCUCUUUGGCUCUAAGUUCUCUCAUGAAAUGGCAAAUCCCAAAAUUCCCUUGUUACUUCCUAAAAUUAAGGCUCCAACUUUUUAUAAACUUAACUUUCGAAAAAUUCCCAAUGUACUUCCAAAGAUUGCAUUGUCUGGGAAUUCUGCAGCUCCUACCUUCACCUCUCCCUUUCAUGGGCAAAAUUUGCCCUGCCAUUUCUGAAUUCCCCAGUUGAGGAGCAUUCAGAUAUGGACAUUGCUAGGGAGAGUAACAAUCAUUCAACGGCUAUUGGAACCUUUGUAGAAGGCGAGAUGCUAGAAGCAUGUGAUGAUACUUGCUGCAUAUGCCUUGGAGAUUUCUGUCAUAGUGAUCCUUCAACGGUAACUGGUUGCAAGCAUGAGUUUCACCUUCAUUGCAUCCUUGAAUGGUGCCAUAGAAGCUCAAAUUGCCCAAUGUGCUGGCAACCUAUCAGCCUGAAAGAUAGAUCAAGUCAACAGUUGCUGGAAUCCAUAGAGCAUGAGAGGAGUCUCAGAGCUAAUAGGUCGCGAACUCGGACAGAAGUCUAUCAUCCCAUCCUUGAGAAUCUUGAACUGCAUUUACCUACCGACGCUGGUGAAGUUGAUCUUGAAGAGCAUAUAUUUCAGCACUUGGCUGCUGCAGAUUCCAUGAGAAGUGGACAAUUUGUUUUCCGGAGAGAAGGCCAGAGGAACAGGUCAUCAUCACAGCGGCACCAACCAUUCUUUGUUUUCUCAACGCCCAAUGGUCCUCAUGAUGCUUCUGUUCUGACUGCUAUGAAUCCUGUUGGUGGUGGAGGUCAUGUAACUUCAGUGUCUCUUGGAAGUGCGUCCAUACUGAGGCGAAGUAAUCCAGAUGCUUCAGUGCCAGUCCCACUGACUGAUGAGGAUGUUUCUUAUAGGCUUCACUCUAAUGUUGCACCAGCAAAUCGACAAAGAGUAUUAUCAGAAACCCAAAACUUUGCUACUCAACCUUCCUUAGGAAGUCAGUACACAGAAGAACCAUCAGAUCCGCAGUCAUUGUCAGAAUCUUUAAGAACUCGCUUUAAUUCCUGGUCAAUGAGAUCCAAGGAAUCUAUUUCAAGGAAUACUAGAGGCUUGAAGGAGAGGCUAAUUGCUCAGAGAAAUUCCGUGGCUGAACUAGGCUCUGAGGUUAGGAGGGAGGUGAAUUCUGGGAUUGCUGGUCUUUCUCGCUUAAUGGAAAGACUUGAUAACAGAGUGAAUAAAGGAUCCGAUCAUGCCUCCCAAUCCAGUCAUGCAGGCAGGGGCACCAGAAAUGAUAGCUCAAAUGAGUGAUGGCAAAAUGUCAUACUACAAGCUCAGCAUUUUUCAGACUUGCUUGGGAUUUUUAAUUCCACAUGGCGGUCGUAAACUCCUGUGGCACUCUGAUGGAAUGAACUUUACACCAUAUGAAACGUAAGAGUUCACAUGAUCAAUUGUUUGCCAAUAUAUAUAUGUAUGUAUGUAUGUAUAUAAUGAUGUAAACAAAUAAUUAUUGAGAAAUAAUUUCCAUAAUGUGUGUUUCUAUGGCUGUAAUUCUAUCUAUGCAAUGAAAAAUAUGAGAAA